GUCUAGUUUCGUCUAGUUUCAACCGGAAAGCCUAUCUUGACAAAACUUUUUAGAAAAAGCAUCUAUUCUGCAAGUUCACCAACUUCAGAAAUAGUUUGUACAUGUAUGUGGGUCUACUGUUGUCUCCUCUGGAUGUGAAGUUACUGCUAUUUCACCGAAGAAAUUCCAAACUUUCAUUUAAAUCGAACCACAUGUUGUGAACAUAUAGUUUCUCAAGGCUGACUUGUUCAAGACACUUCAGAUCUCUCGCUCCAUCAGUGAUUUUGGACUAAUCUUUGAUUUCGGACUAAUCCGUUACUCUUGACUGGGAGCUUGUUGAAGACAUCUUCGUUUCUUUAGGAGAAGUUUUGAGAGAGUUGUGAUCUCAAGAUGAGUACCGAUAAUGUAGCGUUCAGUCCUCCUGACGAGGGACCGGUCACCAGUGGUAAUGGGACGAAAAAGAGUGAUGAGUACAACGACAUUGAGUUGAAGGAUACCCUACCCGCAAGUACCCCAAGAAAACCUGGCUACGAUGUUGACGAUACGCUCAACAACACUCUCGAUAUACCAGAGGAAGGGAAGGGCCAAAAUGUCGGACAAUGCUGGACUCACCUGGACGGCGUUUUCGAUGUCGUCAAGGAGUUCUACGGCGACCACAAGAAGUACUUCCACUACGCCUUUGGCGUCGUGGCUCUCGUCCUCUACCUGAUCUACCUCGUCUUCUCGUGCAUCUACGACUUAGAGGGCGCUACAACCCUGCUCGUCAUCACAGGAAUUGCGAUCGUGCUGUACGUGUACAACGUCGUCCAGAACCUCUGGGGUCAGCAGAUCUAUGAGGCUGCCAUCAAACCCGUAGAAAACGCCAUGAACAAGAGCUGGCGCUACAUCAAAUGGCCUUUCUUCCUUGUUCUCAUCGCUGGCCUGGCGGUCAUCCUCUACUUCCUGACCCGUGACAACCCCGAUCAGCUCAUCUCCUUCUCCGGCCUGGUCAUCUUCAUCUUAUUCUCUUUCAUCUGCUCCAAGCAUCCUAGACAUGUGAAAUGGCGGCCUGUGAUCUGGGGGUUGGCCCUUCAGUUCCUUCUGGGGCUGUUCAUCCUCAGGACCAGCAUCGGCUUCGCCAUCUUCAACUGGAUGGGUAACCUGGUCCAGACCUUCCUCAGCUACUCCACAGCCGGUUCCAUUUUCCUCUUCGGAGAUCUCUACUACCAACAUUUCUUCGCCUUUGCGGUGUUGCCGAUCGUGAUCUACUUCAGCAGCGCCAUCUCCAUCCUCUACUACCUCGGUGUCAUGCAGGUCGUCGUCAAGAAGAUCGCCUGGAUCAUGCAGCGCACCAUGAAGACGUCCGCCUCAGAGUCCCUCAACGCAGCUGGAAACAUCUUCAUCGGACAGACCGAGGCACCCCUCCUAAUCCGUCCCUACCUCCCUCAAAUGACCCGCUCGGAGAUCCACGCCGUCAUGACUGGAGGUUUCGCCACCAUCGCUGGGAGUGUGCUCGGUGCCUUCGUCGCCAACGGCAUCAGCGCGACCCAUUUGAUCUCCGCCUCCGUCAUGUCGGCGCCUGCUGCCCUCGCGGUCUCGAAGCUCAUGUACCCCGAGACAGAGAAGUCGAGAACCGUUACGGAAGAAGACGUGAAGUUACCUAAAGGGGACGAGAGGAACAUCAUCGAGGCUGCAUCGAAGGGUGCCUCCCAGGCCAUUCCUCUGGUUCUUAACAUCGCCGCCAACCUGGUGACCUUCUUGGCGCUCGUGGCCUUCCUGGACGGAGUCCUGGGGUACCUUGGAGGCAGGGUCGGCUACAGUGAACUCUCCUUCAGGCUGAUCUGUGGGUACGCCUUCAGGCCCAUUGCUUUCAUCAUGGGGGUCCCAUGGGCAGAAUGUGAGCAGGUCGCGACCCUCAUCGGGCUCAAGACCUUCAUCAACGAGUUUGUAGCCUACGACGAGCUCGCCGUCAUCCUCAAGGAAAGGGCCGCUGGUGCCAGGAUAUUUUCGGAGCGAUCGGAAGUAAUCGCGACGUACGCCCUCUGUGGUUUCGCCAACAUCGGGUCCAUCGGGAUCCAGAUUGGCGGUCUAACGCCCAUGGCGCCGUCCAAGGCCAAGGAUCUGGCCGCUGUAGCCGUCCGUGCCCUCAUCGCAGGAACAGUAGCCUGCUUCAUGACUGCCUGUAUAGCAGGUAUCCUAUUUGUUCCCGGGGAAACAUACGUAAUGACAACAGCUGCCAUCAACGCCACCAUGAGCAGCAACGUCACAGCCGCAAUAGAGGCAACGACUGCCGCCCUCACAACGUUAUGAUGAGAAAGGAUCGACCUUCGUCGGUGAACCUGUACAUUUAGCCUUUCCAUAGAGCGUAAUCAUUUUUUAUAUCGAGUUGAGUGUGUGUAGGGUGUGUGGGAGUGGUUCUGGAAACGGAACAAGAGAUGAAUUUUAAUGUUAUACGAAGCUUGCGUCGAAGUAAUAACAAACCAAAUGAAGCAAUAGUAGAAGUUAUUCGGCGGAAUAACGAGCUCAAAUAUGCGAUUGAUUGAAUUCCUUGAAAGGAUUAGAAUAUUUGCCUCAGUGACUCCUGACCUGUUCUUUUCUUUGAGCUGACAUGCCCCGAUAAGACGUAAAACUGCAAAUGUUGUAUGUUCUGUAUGACAAUUUUAUUGCUGUUAAUAUGUCACCGAUGUCCUUUGAUCCUGACAUCAUAACUGAAAUUAUUUUAUUUACUCCCCAACAGGAGUAGGGAAAAGAGGUUUGUUUUUUUAAUGUCUAUUUCUCAGGUCGGACUAAUCCUAAUGGUCCAUUUCGCAGUAAAGCGAGCAAAAAAUUCCGCAAGAUUUUAAUCCUGCAAAUUCCAAUCAUUUUUAUCGCCUGUAAAGAUAGUGAAAUUCUAUGCAUAGUGCUAAUUUAUUGAACUUUUUAUACAAAUCCUUGUAUUUAAGCAUCUGAGGCUACCCUGUAUAUAACUAUUUUCUUCUGUAUUUAUUCUCCAUCCUUUACCCUUCUUUAAUUUUAUGACUUAAUGAUUUAAACAAUAAUCAACUCCAUUUUAUUAAAAAAACGUGGUCAUUCCUUUUGCUAGGAAAAUAUAAUCAAUUGAAAAUCUUGAUUUUUAUCACUGUUUUAGUGUGUGAUCCUGCUACAGUGGGUUUAAAACGUGGUGGUCUUGCGUUCGUAGACUAGCCACGAGAAGUUUCUCAGUAAUUUUAGACUUUUUUUAUAAUAAACUUUACUUCGAGCUCUCAUUUGAUUUUGUUUUUAACACCAGCUUUUUUUUUCACACUUAUCAUAUGUUAUGAAAGGUGUUAUUUUGUAGGAAGAGGUAGAGCAUGGACAAUUUUAGACAUUUUACAUUUUUAACAGAGUAUAGAGAAUUAUAGCUAUUUUUAGAUUUUUAUUGUUCCUUAGGCAACUGAUACUUCACGUUUUAAAAAAGAAUGGUCUGUUAUUGAUCAUAACCCUCCGUGUAUUGCUGAUAAUCUUCAAAAAGUAACAAGCGUUUGGUGAUUUAUUUAUUCAUUUAUGUCUAUAAACAUGUGACUCGGUCUCUGGACAAAACAGACACGAUUCAUGAAGAAGACUUUGGACCUGUUUCACAAAACCUUUUUUCAACGACAAAUGACAAAAAUCAGUGACAAAUCUGCUGACAACCAAUCAGCAGCAAGGAUUUCAGUAACGUAUAACAGAAACUGUCAUUUGUCACUGAUAUCAAGUUUUGUGAAACGCCACCCUGGACCCCUGCUGAUGUUACGUGCCUUUACCUUGAAAAAAUGAGCUAAAUGUGUAUUUAUUAUCAAGUAAUAGACAUGUCUAGUUGAUCAUUGUGUCUUGGAAAUAUGUCUGCUAUGUCUCUUUGCUCACUCGCAAAGUUUGUCCCCUUACAAUUUUUAAUUGUAAUAAAAUAGAAAAGAUGGGUUUGAAAAAGAAAUUAUAGAUCAGAAUACAUAUUUUCUGCAUUUGUAAUGCUACUAAUGAUGAGUUUAAUGUAAUGAGCAUGAUAUUCAAUUUUUUUUUUAAAGGAUUGUGAUUUAGAGGCAACUUAAAUUCAUGCAUUACAUGAAACAGGGUCCCGUUUCACAAAACUUCUUAUCAAUAACAAGUAACAAUAACUGUUAUAAGCUACUGAAAUCGUGGCAUCUGAUUGGCUGAGAGCUAAUUUGUCAUAGGAUUUUAGCAUUUGUUAAAGAUAACAAGUUUCAUGAAACAAGGCCCAGGCGUAAAACUCAAUACUAUUACAAGCAAGAAACUGUUGAGUUGUAAAGUAUCCUCUAUUUAAAAAAAAAUUUAAGUAAAUAAUCAGAUACAUGUAUACAUCAGUGUGUGGUAGCGCUGAGUGAAUAAUGCAAUAAGUUAUAUUUGUUGGAGAUUAAAUUCUUUUGGGGGGCAGGGAGGGGGGGGGGGGGGUCAGUAAUAAGAUGCAAAUCCAUUGUAUGUUUAUAAACCAUGUGAAGAAAAAAAUCCUGUCGUUUCUUUGCAACAUUCAUAUCUAUAACUAUGGGCAGUAGCUGCCUGGUUAGGUAUGAUAACCCCAACAGUUCUUUUCAGAACUACCCUCUGCCGAGGUCAAAGGUUGUGACCCAACCUCUGACCCGCCAGGGGGUGACCCCAAAAGCUCUUUUCAGAGCUACCUGUAAAUAGUCUAUUUAUGCAAGGAAAUACAUGGAUUAAUACAAAACUUCACAUGGUUGUAUACACAAAGUACUGUCCACUUGCCUGUUUGUGUCGAUUGGCAACCCCAUUCUUCCCUCCAACCCCCUAAAUAAAAAAGUAAGAGUAGACUUUUAUACGUAUUCAAGGUGCUAUGCGAAUAUGAUAUAAGUUACUGGUUUUAGUGAUGUCCCUCCCGUUUAUUUCUAGUUUCAUUAAAUUCAGCACUAUUUGGCCUUAAAAAAAAGAUUAAAUUGAGUGCAGCUCGAUCCUUUCAUUCUAAAUAUGAAAUGAGGUAUUGCGGAGUAAUUGUAGAUGGAGGCGCAUGGGAAUUUCAAUAUCAUUUCUAUUUUCAUCAUAUUGAUGAUACCUUUAUGCCCCUUUAAUCUAAAUAACAAUAAAGAACCAUAUAUUAAAUAAUAAAUUCGGAUUGCUGAAUAUUUUGGAUACUGGGAAUAAAGCGAGGGGUCACAUUUUAAUUGCAUUGAAUUAUUGAUUAAUGAAAUUAGUUACGAUUCAAAGAUGUAUUUAACUUCUGAAGACAUAUUGUGGCAUUGUGUAAAAUAUGUAAGAUAUGAUUGUGUCCAUAUUUUUGUAACUAUUUAAUCCUUAAUAUUAUUUUUUGGAUGAAAUGGCUUACAAAAUGAAUUUCUCAGAAAUUUGUAAUUGUUUUUUGUCUCUGUGUUUGAUGUAAAUAAAAGGAAACAGAUGUAUCUGUUGAUUAAAAUAAAGAUAAA